AUGUGUCGCAAUUUCACCCAGACGAGGUCGUUUGUACGGAAAUGGAGGCUCCCGGACAGUGCUGAUGUGGACGCGAUAAAUUCACGCCUAAGCGAUUCGGGACUACUGUCGGUUGAAGUGCCAAAAUUCCAAUCAUCAUCAUCGAGCAGUUUCCGACGUAACGUACCGAUCACUCAUACCUCCACGCCACGAAGAGAAACGCAUAUCGAUUGA